AUGAAGUUAUUCAUAGCGCUAACUCUACUCACCGUUGCCUGGGCUCUACCGAAGCCGUUGGAUCCCCAAAUCCAAGAUUUGACAAUUAACGAACCUGCUGCUGAUAUAGACAAUGACUUCAAGUCCAUUGUCGCUGAGGAUAAUAAUAAUGCCUUUGAACUAUCAUCUGCUAAUGAAAAUGAUAUAGAAUUAUCGAAUGCCGACAUAGAUAUGGCUAUUCCAGAACAGUCUAAUGACGUGGACAACGCUGAAGAACCAUCUGCAAAUGUUGACAAUGAUCUACCAUCUCUAUCUGAAUUACAAGAGAUAAUUGAUAUCGCACACAGUUUAAUUGAGGAAGAAAACCUCGGAGAUUCAGACGUCAGGGUCAUUAAUGUUCUUCUCGAUGAGGAAUCACCGAAAAUCGAACCCGCGAAUGGUCUGGAGGCUCCGGAACUGAAUAUCGUUGAAUCGAACAACAUUUUUGACGAGGAAGAUAUGGAUGAUGAAAUCCAUGACGCGGUGUUAGUUGGAGAACCGAGUGUUGAAAGUGACGACGUCCGUGUUGCGGAAGCGGUUGCCAAUGAUGAUGCUUUUGAUCGUCUCCAAGUUGUGAACUUUGAUAAAGAUACAGAUUUUCGUGGUAUAAUGGGAAUUGCGCCGUCUGAAUUGGAAUCAUUAAGAGUGGAAUUUGAGGAUGAGGCUGAACCUUUAGCUGAUGAACAAAACGAUCAAGCUAUUCCCAGGGAGGUUUUGUUUUCUGAUCCGAAUUUACGUUAA